AUGUACCCUUAUUUGACUGCAAGAAGAAGCGAAUAUCCACCUGUUACUGUUCCUCAAAACUCAGUUGAUCCACGCUUCAGUCAAAUAAUCAAUCGUGCUAAUUUUAUGCCUCAAUACCAACAACCAGUGGCACGUGCUUCUGCUAUUGAACCACAGUUCAGCUCAUCAUCAACAAGUCAGUUGGUACGGUCUGAUGCAUGGGGAGCAGGCCCAUUACCACCAAAAAAUAGAAUGAAUCCAAUGGCAGGAGAGAAACCAGAGUCAGGUUUUGCUAAAACAUGUUCUAAAAUGUCAUCGUCAAAAAUGGUUUUCUUAUUAAUCGGUUUAAUUGUUUGUGGUAUUCCAUUGGCUGUUAUGACAACAUUAUGGUUGAGCUCACGUUCAUCGGCUAGCAGCAUAACAGCAACAAGCACUACAGUUCAGUGUUAUGCUUAUUCAUCCCUUACUGAUCCCUAUCGAGUGAUGGCAAAUGGUUAUACUUGCAACACAGGCAGUUAUGACAGCUCUCUUACAGCUGGUUGGUAUCGUAUCUCGGGAUCAGCUGGUUCGCAACUUAUCACGACUAUGCCCUCUUCGACCUGUAGUUGUGGGAUUAGCUUUCCUGGAUGGUUCAAUGGUUCAUUACCAACAUCAGCAGGAACAUUAACAACGGGAAAUGUCUGUUUUUAUACUGGUACGUGCGGCUUUUCAGUAUCACCAAUAAGUGUACUAAAUUGCAAUGGAUAUUAUGUCUGGUAUUUAUUACCGACUACAAGCAUAUCUUACCGUUAUUGCACACAAGCUUAGAAGAUUUUGUAUAACUAUGAAGCUUACCACAUUGCUUGUUUUACUCAGCUGUUUGUACUUAUGCACAUGAUCUGUGUGUUUUUUGUGCUCUUAAUAAUGGGGAGCUAUUCUCUCUUUUAGUGAACACAAACAAAUCUUUUAUUCUUCUUUAAUAAAUAGCUUAUAACAAAGAGCACUUAUAACGUAAACAUACUGUCUAAUGGGAAAAGUUUUCAAAAUGUUGCACAUUUUCCACUUGUUUUAUGUUUCUUUUUGAAAAUGUUUAGAAAAAUUUGCCACAUAUUACCACAAGAUUUCAUUCUGUUGCAUCAUGGCAGUCGUUGUUUAUAAAGCUAUCUACGUGAAUUCUUUCCUUUACUGAGUAUAUUCGUAAAUAGCCUGAACCAGCAAAUUUUUCUAAACAUUUUCAAAAAGAAAUAUAAAACAAGUGAAAAAUGUGCAACAUUUUAAAAACUUUUUAACGCAACAAUCAAACAUUCUCUAUAUUGGCUGUAGAACUAUGGAAGUUUCUGUCAAGUGCAUCAUAAUGAUUAAAUUCUGGGUGUAGCUUUCAGUAAAAGUUCCGUAACUUCAACAAAACAAACACUUUUUCGAUCGGGUUUAUUUAGUUUGAUCACAGAUGAUUGCCUUUCUAUUAGUAAUUGUGAAAUCAAAACAUCGAUCAGGUUUUCCAUUUCUUACUCCGACACAUUGUUGAAAAUGAGGAAAAAUUUCAUUAUGAUGCAUUCGAUAGAAACUUCCGUACUUCUACAGCCAAUAAUUAUCAUACGGAAUACCAGUUAUAAACAAUCCCAUUUUAUAUGAGCAUUAAUUCGGUAUAUACUACAUUUUUAUAUCAUUUGCAGUUUCAACUCUACCCCCCUGGAAAAAUAAUAUUGAAAAAAUGUUGACUUCAUAUCUGUUUUAAAAAGAGUUGAUUCCUUUAGCAACCACCGAUGAGGUAUUUCAUUUCAUUUCAUAGACGGAAAAUCUAAAUUUUCAAUGGUCAUAAGAUGUUUGAAUGACAUCGAAACUAUUUUUUUUAGAUGCAGCUUUUCAUGUAUAGCUAGUAUUCCCCGCUGGCUUUUGAUAAAGACCGAAAGAGGAGAAUUUUAUGAGAUAAAAGAACCUUAAGCUGACUGAGAGCUGAAAACAAACUAACCGUAAUAUCGUUGACUACUUUUUUCACCGGAAAUUUAAUACGCGUGGUAAGAAACUCUUGUCAUACAUUGGUAAGAGCAGUAAUUGAUUUCUUCUUCUCGGCUUUAAACAUAUUUUCUGUGUCAGAAGUGGAGCUUCUCACUGUUCGGAAGUUUAUUUUUCCGCUAAUUAGACUGAGUUACGAAUUUUUUAUUACUACUUUUUAUUGCUCUUUUAUUUCUUAAAUCACCGAAAACACUAAACAUAAAAAAAUGUUUUUGUCUAGAUAUCAGAAGAAGAGAGAACAUGUUUUCUGGACGCUCUUAAAGAGGGACCGUGUAUUUUUAUUGUUCUGUUUCAUCACCGACAAGGAUUACAUACGAUUCCAUUCUUUUUAGUUUUUAAUUCAUGCCCAAGUAUUAAUCACAUUUUUCUUCGUAUUUGCAGAUCUCACUAGCGUACCUGGUGCUCUGAUUUUGCUUGGUGUAGUCGGAGUUCUGAGUGGUUUUAAACGGCUUGUUUACGCAUGCGUUAGACGUUGGAGUAGAAUUAAGCCGUUUUGAUAUGGUUGAUUUUUUAGGUCGUUUACUCUUGCUGGUGCUGAUUUUGGUAUUUGUAACGUAGGCUUUUUCGUUGUCGCUGCUGGUGAGGUAAUUUCAGUUGUACGUAAAACGGUUGAAGCCGAGAGAGGUGUGCUGAAACAAGAUGAUAAACUCUUGUUGCUUGGCUAGGAUGAAGUAUCAUAACGAUUUCGAGAUGCUGAUUUGGUAAACGUAGUACAAAGAAGAACCGAAAAAGUAAAAUGAGAGCAUGUGUUUAAGUAAAGCGAAAAAUAACGAGACGAAAGAAUAAGAUAUGAUCAUAAAUAAGUUAUAAAAUUCGGAAACGAAACGUCAUUAUAGUGCUGAAGGUUAGUUGUCGUGGGUUACCUGUCAUAGAACAACAUUGAAUAUCGUUUUAUCCUGUGAGGAAUGUCUCGUGCUGAUUCAAUUUUUCUCGUUUCAUCUUUCUCCCACAAACCAUCGCCAUAUCUCCCAGAGCGCAUGUUGAUCUUAGCGCUGGGCGAACAUGACUUUUUAGCAAUGGAGCUCCAGACAAGCAACUGAUGAAGGCUUCAUGAUUUAAUGAAAUCAUGAGAUGCAUCUCAACAUUGUAAGUUUUAACGUAAGUUAUAACGUAAACAAUUACUCAUUUAUAGAAAUUCUUCUGUUGUAACAUCUUUGCAAUUAAAUACAAAAAAGUGCUCGAUACAUGUCACUUUUAUCCAGCUGAGUCGCUACUGUCUAGAUUGUAUGUUUUAUAUAACUACAAUGACUUCUUACGUGACACGACUAUUCCAAGAGUUUUUGCAAACAGAUGUUAAGCAAACUAACAAAAAAACGGAUAUGACUGAACAUAGUCGUUAAAAAAAUUUUAAAAUAGCUUCAACUUGAAAUACUGACAUACCAGAUAAGUAACUGAAAAGCUGAAGCAAAUUGAAACUAUUUGAUGCAAAUAUCCUUUAUGUGAAACUACUUUUCAGGCUCACUGUACACUGCCCUCACCGCCGCCCCCCACACACUGCCAGAAAUACCUAAAUUUUUUUUCGUAGUUUGGAACAUGUAAAAUUUCAUUAAUUUAUCGUAUCUACAACACGAGUACAACAGCAACUGGCAUCUGUACGGUUAGCUGCAGUUAGAAAAGAAUGACAACUUUCUAUUGCUUAACAGCACGUGUGACAAGAUGAAAAAAGAUCAAAUAUCUUUGAAGCUCGAUUAUUCGAUUUAAUAUUACUAAAUUAUCGAGUCUUUUAUUAUCCCUAAGGAAUCAUACAUAAACGGACACCUACGUCAAAAUCUGGUUGGAUCCCCAUCAAUAGAACGAUUCUAUCUUAUUGAACUGACUAGAGCACCAAAGCGUGAAAAAAUAAGCUAGUAGUGUAAGCUACAGCUAGCUAAGUUACGUUAGCUUCAUAAUCCACUGCAACCAGCUAUACAAAAAAUGUAAAAAUAUUGCAGGGGCUUAGCGAACGCCGCAGCUACCUACACUACUAGAAAAACCUUCCUUCAUACUGAAAAAUCAAAAAUGAUAAACAAAAUCGCAUUUUUAUCCCAAAGAAAGGUUUUCCUAAAUUUGUAACAAGAGAAAAACAUGUUGGGAAUUAAAUUUUACAUAGUAUUGUCUUUAGAUUCAGCUUUGAGAAAUGCUUUCUUCAUGGAAAACUAAGUUACUGUAUGCGAUUCCAACUAGCUUCAACUCGUUGACGAUAGUAUUAGCCAAUUCGUUACUAGCGGAAGCCGUCACUGUAGCGUGUGUUGCAUAAUGUGUACGUUUAUGCAGGUAAGGCGCCGCUAAUUCAAAAGAAUUGCAAGUUCUUAUUUUUCACUUAAAACUAUAUCAUUCGAUGCAAAAUUUCACGGUGAUUACGAAUAUCACCUUUUGAAUUGAUUUUGAUCCAGUUUUGGGGGAGAAAAAAAAGCAAAAUACUAAGGUCGAGUCGAAAACCCGAAAAACUCGAAGUUUAGAGAAAAUCUGCUCUAACUUUCUCAAAACGGGCUAUAACUUUUUGAAACUUAUUUUUUCGG